UUUAAAGUUUUCUUUUAAAUUCAGCCUACAGUUCUGUAUGGCCUCAUUGGUAUGUGAACUUUUCGUUUCGCUGGCGUUGGCAAUAUCAGCUGGCCUUGUUUCUUGCAAGCAGCUUAUGGCCUUGAGCUUGCCCGCAUGCUGUUUCUUUCCUUUUCCUAUCACUGUGAGACUUUUUCUAACACAACAUAGUAAUAGUUUUGUUACUAGCUCAGAUUAACCGAACUUGGCGCUAACCAGCUGAAUCAGAGGGAGGAAACGAUUUGCUAUGUUAAUGAAAGGUGAUAAAGGAGACCAAUGGACAAUGCUUAAAGUAAGGUGUGCUCGUAAUGGGGAUGUUGAACAAAGGAAUAUGUUGACAGGAUAAAAUAUGAACAAUAUGCUGACUGCAGAAAGACCAAUCCAAAAGCAAGGAGUCACCAAAGCAGUCAAGUUAAAGCCAAGCAUUAAAGGAGGAAGCAAGGAAGUGAAGUGUGUCAUCGUCAUCAUCAUCAUUUCCAUCGCGAAUCCAGCUUUCAACACCUGUCUGGAUCAUCCCAGGCAACGACGCACCCUUUGCUUCAGGAACCGAGAGGCCGUCUCUUCUGUGAAGCAAAGUAACAUCGGGGAUUGGCUCCACAAUGACAGUGGCAACGGUUUUGAUGCUCCUGCCUGUUGCGAUAUGGCUGUAUCUUCAAACCCUCCUGGAGAGCCCACAGAUGAAAAGCGAGUUAGUGAUGGACAUGAUGCCCGAUGCUUUUGACGACCAGUACAUGGAGUGCACUGAGGAAAUGGAAGAAAUUGCACCAGCCCUGAUGGAGAGAGAGAUGAAAAUAUCCAAGAUAUUGAAAACCACCUGGGAGAAAACAGAAAGCAAAUGGAAAAAAGUGAAGAGAAAGAAAAAUGUGAUCGCUACUCUUCCCAGUGACUUUAAGGAAGAGCAUGGGAGAGCGAUCAUAGCCUACACGGACAAUGAAUUUCACAAAGAGUUUAAUGAGGCCGUGAGGACCGCCGGUGCCUCUCCAGUGGCCUACAACACCGGUUUCCAUUUCAAAGCCUUUCAUUACUACCUGACAAGAGCUUUACAGCUCCUGAGAGAGGAGUGUGAGGUGAUGUACGGCAUGCCGGUGUACAGGGGCAUUCGUGAUGUUAUAUUUCAGAGCAGUGGUGCUGGUCCCAUCAGGUUUGGGUACUUUGCCUCUUCCUCGUUGGAAAAGGACAUAGCUGAGGCAUUUGGAGACGAUUCCUUCUUCACCAUCCACACCUGCUUCGGGGUUAAUAUUGUGCGCUUCUCGCAUUAUAAGGAAGAGGAGGAAGUGCUCAUCCCCACCCAUGAGAUAUUCAGUGUGGAUGCAGGAGACAGGAACAACAGCUUUGUCCUCCAAAGCACCAACCGGACCUGCAGCCACUUUAACUGUGCCUACCUGGGGCACGAGAAGAAGGCAGAAUGUAUUCACCGCUCUGGUCUUCAAACGGCUCCCAGCACUGGAACAUCUGGGCAACAUCAGCACCAGCACUCGGAUGAGGAUACUGAACAUCUGGCAAGAGACUCACAUAGCCCCCCUCAGGACACCAAGAGGAAAGCUGUCAUGUCCAGUGAGCUCUAGACCUAUUUCACUUCUGCGCCAUACACUUCCACGGUGGGAACUUUUCAUACUCCGCCAGUGAACAAGCCAGCGCUGAUCGCAGAACCAGGUGGUCAUGAGCCAGGCAGGCAUUCAAUUCGAUGCAAACUGUUGAAGUUGGCUACCAAAGAGACUUAAUCAUGAGUAUUGAUCUCUUAACUGCCAAUGGCAUGGUUAAUCGCCAUGCCGCCUUGCGACUGAGGAUGGUGAAGAACCAGCACUUCACGAAGAUGACCCAGGUCCCUUUGGAGAAGGAAAAGUUCUUCACAAAACUGGGAUGGAUGCUUUUCGGAGGCCAGGCAACACACGCUAGUCGACCCAUUUCAUCUCAGGAACCGAGCGGUGAAGCGCGGGCUCAACAGCCGCUGGAGUCAAAGAUGACUCAAUGUGUGGACCCAGCAGGCCUGAAUAUUACUUCAGAUCGGGCUCUUGCCUUCAAAACACACGUUGAGAAGGUCCGAGCAAAGGUGAAUGCUUGUAUCCAGCUUUGCUUAAGAUAACCACAUUGAGGUGGUGCGUAAACCUGUCUAUGCGGUAAUAACUCAUCAGGACUUUGCUGCUCUUCUACUGAAUCAGCCUGUGCAAUACAGAAACGGGGUCUACCAGCACCAGAGCUGGAUCCAGAGUGAAAUACUGCCUUUUUCCAUGUCACUGUGUGACGAAUAGGAUUUCUUUUUGCCAGAGCCCGCCGAGGGUUGACAUGGCAACUCAUCCAAUAAUUUAAUAGUAACCCCUAAUACUAUUACAAGUUUCCUCCCCAUAAUACAACCUGGCAAGUGGCUCUUUAGACAUUGCAGUGGUAACCUUUGGGUGGUACCAGGCCUGCUCAAGCAGGGCUGCAAGCAGCGGUGUCUGUCCUCCCAGAUCACUGCAUGCUAACACCCCUUUCCUUUGUUUGUUCAUUACUUUUCUAACUUCCUCAUCCCAAAAUGCCAAGCACAUUUCUGAUAAGGAAACUGUUGUGCCUUGCUCACCUAGCACACCAGUUGCAGCACUCGCAUCUCCCGGUGCCACAGAAGGCACUCUGUUCAAUUUUAUUGCUUAGUUCCUGCAAAGCCUGGACUGUGGCUAAGAGCCUUAGCACAACUCAGUUUGCCCACUACACUUCCCUCCUUGUUCCCUGAAAUACGGUGGCAUCAGACAGAUGCUCGUUAAUCUCUCGCAUGAGACUCAAGGCCCGGGGGGGGGUUGCAUGAUUGCGUUUGACAUGUACCACAGACCCUGUGUGCCUUUUCAGAUGGCAUAUGUACGACCAGGGGGGGGGUUUCCCAUGUGUUGGCCAAUUGAUAGUAAAUAAAUCCUUCGGUAAUUCAGACUGCAACAGGCAGAGCUACCUUUCAAUCUGUCACGGCUACCCGGGUCAUUGCCGAGCCAAAUUUAGCUUUGUUUUUAACCAUCUUUUAAACACGGAGGUCCAAGGUUUAGCGAACCAUCAACUCUGCAGGUUCUUGUUUUUCUUUUUUUAAAUAAUAAGUUAAUGCAGCUUUCCACACAAAUCCUGGUAUGUUGGUAUUAUAAAUAGCAUUUCAAUAUCAAUGAGAUUCUUUUAAUAGCCUUGAAAACAUUUCAUCAAGUUGUUUGCAAAAAAUACACACCCUACCUUUUAAUAGAUGCCAUUUUGCUAAACAAGUGGCAUCUACAACUAUUCUCCAACCAUUUGGGUUGGUCUAAUAAAAGAUAUCAAAUUCACCCAAGGAACCUUAUCUACAACUUGAGACUUUCAUAUGAAUUGCUGCCCUUCGUUUCAAAUAUUAGGACAACUUUCCAGUCCAAACUGGAUCCAAGUGUCCUGGUCUGGGAUCCACACACAAAUUCAAUUUUUAGAGGGGGAAUUACCAACAGUUUUUAUCACAUCUUUGUGAUAUUCAUAUGCAUUUAAGCUCUUGACAACUUAAAUAAACCAACCAAACCAAACAACACAAAACAGACAAGAUAAUUUUUUGUUGUAGUAAUAAAGCUAUUGCUUAGGUGAGGAAGAUGCCAUUGAGUCUAUGGAUGGUAACGAGGCCUCAUGGUCUAUCAGUCAUC